GCGGACUGAGCCGCCCUGCCCUGCCCUUUCCCUGCCCUUCCCGCAUAAAGCAAGCAGCCCUUGGAGUCGGAGUCGAGGGCUCCCAUCUCAUCAGUAUAGCGUGCGUAGGAGUGUCCCGCCGUCAGAUUAAUCAAGGCUUGGCGAGAGAGGAGGGAAGGAUGGCGAAGGCCAUGGCGGGGUGCCCGGCGAAGAUGGGGUUCCGGAUGCCGGCGGAGUGGGAGCCGCACGAGCAGUGCUGGAUGGGCUGGCCCGAGCGUCCAGACAACUGGCGGGAGAAUGCUGGUCCAGCUCGAAUAACAUUUGCGAGAACUGCAAUUGCCAUAUCAAAGUUUGAGCCCGUCACCAUUUGUGCAAGCGCUGAACAGUAUCCUCAUGUCCACGAACUGAUGCAGCACCAGCCGAACAUCAGGGUGGUCGAGAUGAGCAUGAAUGAUUCCUGGUUUCGUGAUACUGGUCCCACUUUUGUUAUCCGUAAAGGCAGAUCAGAAAUAGGACUCACAGAGCAAACAAUAGCGGGAAUUGAUUGGGAAUUUAACGCAUGGGGAGGACUCGGUGGUGGUUGCUAUGAUGAUUGGAGUCUGGACAGAAACAUUGCCAAGAAAAUACUCGAGAUUGAGAGGAUCCCUAGGUUUCCACACAAGAUGGUUCUUGAGGGUGGAAGCAUCCAUGUCGAUGGAGAAGGUACAUGCAUUACAACGGAAGAAUGCUUGUUAAACCCAAACAGAAACCCCGACAUGACUAGACAAGAUAUAGAGAAUGAAUUGAAGGAUUUCCUUGGAGUCACAAAGAUCAUUUGGAUACCUAAUGGACUUUACGGUGAUGAGGAUACAAAUGGGCAUGUUGACAACCUAUGCUGUUUCAUUAAACCUGGUGUGAUCCUCUUAUCAUGGACUGAUGAUGAGAACGAUCCACAGUAUGAGAUAUCGGUUAAGGCACUGUCAGUUCUCACUCAGUCCACCGAUGCAAAAGGGCAACACAUAGAGGUGGUAAAGAUCCACGUACCAGGGCCUCUAUACAUCACAAAGGAAGAGGGGAAUGGUGUUGAUGUAACGGGGCAUGCUGUAGCUAGGGAGCCAGGCAAGAGAUUGGCUGCCUCGUACGUGAACUUCUACCCUGCCAAUGGUGGGAUCAUAGCACCUGCUUUUGGCGAUAACCAGCGGGACGAUGAGGCACGUGAGGUCCUCCAGAAGGCAUUUCCUGAAUAUGAGGUUGUGAUGGUGGAAGGCGCAAGAGAAAUCGUGCUGGGAGGUGGAAACAUACACUGCAUCACACAGCAGCAGCCGGCACGCCCGUCGUAGAUGAACAGUGAGGAAAGGCGUACCAUGAUCUGAACUGCAGUUACGAUCCGAUCAUUUAUUUUGCUCCCUGAAGGUGAUAGAUUGCGUGUGGCGAGGUAGAGAAGGAAUACAUACUGAGACAGUGCUCAGUAGCAGUACCGAUAUGAUCUAAAAAAAUUGUAGCAGUAUUGAUAAUUAUAUGUGUAUCAAACGCCUUCCACUUUGAAAUUGUGUUGCAGACCAAUAUAUAGAUAUCGUUGGAGAAUAA